AUGGGAACUAAGCAUAGGAGACGUGGUGGUAGAAAGAGAAGAGAAAGGAAAGCUGCAAAGUCAAGUUCAAAAUCCAAGUUGUUCAAGAUUUUGGAUUUGUUUUUAAGAUUGUUGAUCUAUCCAGGUUAUGUUCUCUAUGUUUUUUUGAAGACUGUCUUGAUUAUCAAGCCUAAAGAAACGGUGUAUUCUAUCAAGGAGAAGCUGAGCUUAAGUUACUAUAAAUCCAAAAAGUAUUAUAGAAAGGCUAAAAAAUUCACUUUAGAGGAUCCUGAUAAUGAUGCUGAACCAACUUCUGAUGAUGACAAUGAUAAUGGCGGUGCUUCGAAAUCAAAGUUAAAGAAGAAGAAAAAGGUCAAAAUGAAACUUUUGAAAAAGAUUGUGAUGAAGUUUGUUAUGCUCAUCAAAAAAGUAUGGAGUCUUGGCUGGAAACUUCUUGUUAAAGUGAAAUCUUUAAAGAAAUAUUUUGUAAUGAAGAUCAAGUGGACAAUCAAGAAACUUUAUGAAAUGUGGUUAGACACCGAAAGAAUUGUUUUCAAAAUCAAAGGCUUACCAUUUGCAAUCGUUGAAAAAAUCAAAUCUUUUGUUAAAGAUGCCAUUGAAGAACCUGAUGAUAAUGGUUAUGAUUAUGAAAUUGUCCCCAAAUCAAGUAAAUUCCCAGAACCAAUUAGCUAUUCUGAAGAUAGAGAUGCUGACUCAAUAGAUGAACUCAUCAUUACCAAAACGGUCACUGACUGGCCAGAUAAAUCACAGUUGUCAAGACCUUCAAGCUCAAGAGCUCUAUCACAGUCGAGAGACCGCCCUCAAAGUCAUCUAUCAAGACUUGACAUGGAAAGAAUUGAUGGUACUCAUAAAUAUUUCUCUCCUCCAACAAAUGAAGAAUUGAUUGAUAAUUAUUUCAAUACUUUUGAUGCCAUUCAACCACAUGAAGCGCAUAGAAAUUCAGUUGCAAGAAGAAGAAAAAGAAGAGUUGUUACAGAUGAAGAUAUUGAUGCCAUUGAUUAUGUUCCUAGUACUCCAGAGCGUCCUCUUACCCUCAGAGAUGUGAUUGCCCCAAGAGGAUCUAAUGACCGUCUUGAAAGAGACCACACGAAGCCACAUGUGUCUUUUAAUGAAUAA